CGACGCAACUACACGCUGGCGAGCCCAGUAAAGCGCGGAUUGCGCUGGACUACGUAUGUCGACGGUGCGAUUAUGACGACCAAUACUGCAUCUUCUGGGCAUACGCCGACAACGAAGCGACCUUUACACCCGAUUAUACAUAAGAUUAUCGGGAAGAAGCUUGAUGUUGACCGUCGGCUCGAUGGCUCAGACCUGCCUGAGGCAGUGCGUAGCAAGAUUGAGAUGCGUUCAAGAUGGGUGAUGAUCCUAGAUAACGCUGAUGAUCUUGGACUCUUUAGGGUCAGUCGAGCACAGCAUGAGAAUCGCAAAGACCUUGGUAACUAUGUGCCUAAAGCAAUCACGCUUGUCGGUGCGCGUCGAAGCGUCGAGGUGCAAUAUAUAGCGAAGGAUGAGGCAACCUUACUUCUUUCCCGAGUCCGAGAUAACGAGUCGACGCCAGAGGAGGCAGGAGUGGAUGCUGUUUUCUGGACCCGCAGCCUGGCGAGUGAUGGAAGAAGCUGA